GGUUUAGAGAAACCUCUUUCUCAUAUAGAGGGUUACAGUGGACUCUUGGGAGAUUACGGUAGCAAGGUGAAGAGUGAGGACGAAACCUUAUCUUUGUAGUUGCAGACAUGGCGGGUACUUCUCUACCUUCGUGUCUCCUCAGUCAAGGACCUUCGUUACUCUUCUGUUCUUCGAAUCAGGUCUCAGAAACUAAAUGUCGAAUUGGGAUAUCAUCUGGAAAACGUUGUCGUGUUCGUUGUUUGGCUAAGAAGAAAAUCAGUUUUGUAGAUCAGAUUCUCGAUUAUAUCGAAGGCGGUCCUAAGCUUAGGAAAUGGUAUGGAGCGCCUGAACUUCGGCCAAAGGAUGGAUCUUUAAGUGGAGACGACGAUGAAUUUGAAGCAGAGGAAGCAAAAGAUGAUCUUGAUGGAGAAAAUGACGUUGUUUUUGUAACCGAUGGAGACAGUGAUUUGGGUCAGAUGAUUAUACUGCAACUGAUUGUGAAAGGGACUCGGGUUAAAGCACUUGUCAAGGACAAAAGAAAGGCUUUGGAAGCUUUUGGAUCUUAUGUUGAGUUGACCUCUGGAGAUGCAAGCGACGAGCGUUUCUUAAAGAAAGCUUUUAAGGGCGUUGGUGCAGUCAUAUCCCCGACUGAAGGUUUCUUACCGAAUGUCAAGAGUUUUAGAGGUGUAAAACAUGCAGUUCUCCUGUCUCAGUUGUCUGUUUAUGAAAGCAGCGGCGGUAUUCAAGCUAUGAUGAAUAACAAAGCCAAAAAACUGGCCGAGCAAGAUGAAAACGCUGUUAUAUCUUCGAAUGUCCCUUAUACAAUCAUAAGAACAGGCAAGCUGGAGAACAGUCCUGGAGGGAAUCAAGGCUUCAACUUUAACGCGGGUGCUGCAGCUAAAGGAAGCAUAAGCAAGGAAGAUGCUGCUCGUAUAUGCGUUGAAGCGCUAAGUGUGAUCCCACCAACAGGGUUGAUAUUUGAGGUUACGAAUGGAGAAGAAGUUGUAUCUGACUGGGAAGGACAGUUGAUGAAAGUGAUGCAGAGACAGAGUGACAAGAAGUAAGCUUCAAAGCUGAGAUGAACAGAACAAUCACAUUAUACAUCAUCAUUGUCUACAUGUUUCUUCAUUUUCUUUAGUCAGACAUCAUUGUCUAUAUGUAACAACAUGUUUUUGUUGAUGAAGAUAAGAAAAUUCCUUCCUUUAUAUUUGAUAUGGGUCUCUAGAUGCUUGUAAAGUUAAAUUAUUCUCCUCUUGAACUCAUCAAAUAAUUUGUUUUUCUAUUA